GGCAUUUCUGACUGCGCAAUUCAAAACGUAUUUAUUCUAAGACUCUAUCCCAUAACUUCCAUUACUUGUUAUGCAACUUUGCACAGACAUAUCCAAUUAAACGUGAACAAGUCUGUUAUUCUGACUACUACACCUUCAGGGGAACACAUGUAUUCCUGGACUGACAUUCGUGACUGUAUUUAUCUUCAGGCAACUGGAGACAUCCCAUCACGUUUUUAAAAGAUCUUACUUAUUGCACAUCUUGCCAUGAUUACGUAUGAACAGUAUACAGUAUACAACAUGAUUACAGUUAUACAGAAAUACAGUUAUCCCAGUCGACCAAAAAAGGUGUUGCCUUCUCAUCAUUUGAACACUUUGAUUUAUUUGUAUUUGCAUUGCAAUUUUUAAAACAGAAACACAUUAGAAUUACAAACAAUGAGUGAAUUAAUAUUUUAAUGAAUACUGGACUGCUAAGACUAAAUGCUACUAGUACACCAACGGAUUCUAGGUUUGAUUUAAAAUUUUUACGUUUAAAGGUCUAAUUAAUGGUGGAAGUUUACUGAGACAAACUGUUUCGAAACGCAGAUUUAAAAUAGGUGCUCCAUUCACUGUUCUCUCCAAUGCCACGCCCACAAACGCGUGCCAGAACCACAGCGGCUAGCUAGCGCAAGAGGCACGGUUUUCUGAAUUGCGAGGCAACGUGAUUGACAGGCAUGUUAAGAUGCAACCUUGUCCUGGUUGGUUGGUGGCCAACAUCAUUUGUUUUGUUUCGGUUACAAAUCCAGAGGUAACCACAGAGAGAGGAAAUUCGACAGUUAAUGUUGCAUUGUUCUAAUUUAAAAACCUCUACCAUAUUUCUAGCCGUCUUUUUAACAAAUUCCAAAAACGAGAAGAUUGCUCUAAAAUCUUACUUGCCCAUAACAUCUAAUACUCUCCGUAUACGAGCACAUAACCUAACAGCCUUGUAUAUUCCUAAACUUGGGAUUUUCCAAAAGAAAUACAUUACUGAAAACUUACAAAACACUAAUUUUAUUGCUUAUCGCUCCUGGAUGCCGGGAUGUCUUUUCUUAUUAAGUGUACUAUGCUGUUAUAGCAUGCGCUACUGCAUUACCUAGUGUGGUAAUGUUUUUAAACUUUUGAUCCCCCUCCCUGCCACCUUUUUAUCUGAGCUGCUCACCCUGGUCUGUUUAUUCAAGUCAGUUCAACGCGUGACGUCACCCAGCUUUCUGUUAUGACGCUUUGCCCUAUUAAGAAUGACAUUUCCACAGGAGAGGGAGGGCAACGGUGAUCCGGCCCAGAGCUCGCGCCAGACUCUACACAGCUCGUGUGAUCGCUUGUCUCACUGCUUUUCGUCUGUUUCCCUCCUGUAUACGGCUGCUGUGUGCUUCACGCGACGAAGUAUUUCGUUUGCAUUGAGAGCAUAGGUUAUGGAAAGUAGAACGGACGGUUUGAUGAGGACCGAGGGUGGUCACACUGGCACACUGGGCUCUAAUUUCUCCGAAGCUCCUGGCGACCAACAAGACAAGGCGGCUAGCCGAAACUGCACUAUCCCGGACUGUUUUCCGUAUUCACGAGACCGAGUACACGAGACGAGGGAGGAAGCGCAGAGCGGCACUUUUAAGGAAAUGAGACACACAGGUAAGCCGUAUGCGCAGGAGCAAGAGCGCUCAGAGCUCCCUAAGAAAGAAGCAAGCAGCUCCGACGCAGAAUCAGACUUCUAUGACGGGACUGAUGCGAGUUGCACCCCUGAACGUAUGGAUUACCACGCUGCCCAAGGACAGGAGUCCCCGAGUCCCAGAACAGAGAGCGCAGUGGAUGGUGGGAAGAUGAACACAUGCCCCGGGGGCCUUUCAUACGGGUCGGAUCAGAUGCGACGCUACCGCACAGCUUUCACGAGGGAGCAGAUAGCUCGACUUGAGAAGGAGUUUUACAGGGAGAAUUACGUGUCCCGUCCACGCAGAUGUGAACUGGCGGCCGCCCUAAAUCUGCCAGAAACGACCAUCAAGGUCUGGUUCCAGAACCGGCGUAUGAAGGACAAGAGACAGCGGCUGGCGAUGACUUGGCCUCACCCAGCCGACCCCGCCUUUUACAGCUACAUGGUGAGCCACGCGGGCAACCUGCCGUAUUCGUUUUCGUCCCAUCUCCCCGUGGCCUAUUACUCCCCUCUGAGUGGCAUGGCCGGGGGUUCUGCCACCGCAGCUGGAGCGCCUGCGUUUGCUAACCCUUUGCGCUCACUGGACACUUUCAGGCUCAUUUCUCAUCCAUAUCAGCGUCCCGAGCUGCUUUGCGCGUUCCGACACCCAUCGCUGUACACAAGCGCAGGUCACGUCAUUGGUCCCGGCGGGAGCGCGUGCUCGUGUCUCGUUUGUCAAUCAAACGGGACUGCGCAGAGGUCGCCGACAAACGCAGACGUCACGUGCUCGCCCACUAGCAGAGAUGAUACUUUCCUUAUGUUCUCGCCAGCCUUUCUCAACAAGUCGCCGUCUGUUUCUGUUGAUCAGAGGGAGCAAGUACCGCUGACCAGAUAAGACACAUGAACAGUCACGGACCUUUCUGUCAGUUUACCACAAAUGAACUAUAACGCAUGAACGACCAACCUCCAACCUCCCGCUAUGCAAAACUGUGUAAAUAAUUACAUUUUCCAGUCAUGAAGCUAGCCUUUGCGUAAUGGAGGACACGCUUAAUACAGUAGGAUAUGUUUAGAGAAAGCAUCAUGCAGUUGCACUUAUUCAAAUUAAAUUAAAUAAAAAAGUUAAAUAACAUGGUCCCCAAAACUGGAAAGAUUGAAGGACAAGUUAUUAUAAUUUAUACAUUUCUUUCAUUACAUAAUUAAAUCAACCCACAUGCGGUAUUAAUUGUUUUUCUUUCUUUCUUUCUUUCUUUCUUUCUUUCUUUCUUUCCUUUUUUUUUUUUUUUAAAUUAAGGUGGGUUUGUCAGCCCGUAAGGCCCCGCUGGCGGGCGGAAAUGUGCAGCAGACGCUAAGUAAGGAGGGAUAUAUUCGGGUGGAUAUAUAUAUAUAUAUAUACAUAUAUAUAUAUAUAUAUUAACGUUGAUUAAAAUGUGCAGCUGACGCGCGGAUUCCUGUCUGCGAAAGCAAUAACAAGGCGCCUGAGAUGCUGGGUGAUGCUAGACUAGAAGUGUUAGAGAUUGAACCAAAAGAACAUAUUGGACCAAGGCCGAAAUGCCUGUCGCCUUCAGCUGAAUACGUCCACCUCAUGUUUCUUAUUUCUUCGUUUCCUCGUUCUGUGUCAUCUCUCAUUCAUUUCAAAUAGCAUUAUUAAACAGAUCUAGGCCAUAUCUAUUGAACUAAUUCUGGAAUAUCUAUUUGCCUCUUAUAUAUAAAUAAAACAGCAUAAAGGAUAUCAAGGAUAUAACAGAAUAUCUAUAUCUAUGCUCUUAUGGAAUUAUGGAAUUAUGAGCAAAAAGAGAAGAAUGAACAAUUGGCUAUAUGGGCAUGUGGAAUUUGGAAUUCAGCUUCUGGAAAUAUCUUGGUUGGCAUGUAUGAAAUUCAUAAUAAAACUGUGUUUUAAACGAAAAUUGCUGAAUAUAUUCAAAUUAUUCCAAAGUUAGGCUGUUAAAAACCUGAGGAUAACUGAAGUUGCGUUCAACCUUUUAUUUACCUUUGAACCAAAUCUGUUCGAUAUAUAUUUAUAUAGUCUAUAUAUUUAUAGACUAUUACAUAUAUAAACAAUUUGAGCAUUUUAAAACAUCAAUAAAAAUCAAUAGAACACUAUUUAAUAACUUAUGAUUGAUGUGUAGGCUUUUUUGGCGUAUACUGAAUAGAUCGUUUUUUUAUUGCUGAAAGGAGAAAAUUAUAUUUAAUUAUAUUUAAAUACAUUAAACCAGUGCCAUAUUAGAGGCCCAAAGUGUAAUGUUCUCAUAUAUAUCUUUUUAUCUGUAAUUUGUGAUGCCUCUGUGUUAACCUUAUCCCGAAGAGGCCGUUUUCAUCUCAGACAAACAGCUGAUAAGACCAAACGGGCGUGGCCGAAAUUCUCUUUUCAGUUUCAGGAAGAUAUUGUUUUUGACGGUUAUGUAGUCCCGAGUCAUAUGUGCACUCGCGCGCUGGCAACAGAAAGAGCGGAAUGAGCUGUCUGACUCCGAGACGAGAUUCAUCCGUCACACCACCCAGGGUAAGUUAAUUGCCCGGAUUCGCGCUGUAUUUGGGCCAACUACUUAGGGAUCAACUAUGAUAUGUUGUAUAUAUGUAAAUGUUUAUAAACAUAAUAUAUCUGUUUUGUCUACAGUUUGAACACCGGAACACGCGUGUGUAAAAUCGGGGAAAGGGCGUCCUUUGGCUUUUACGCAUGCGUGUCAAAAAAGUAGGUUUUGACCCGUGCGUAGAUGUGUCCCAGUGCACCCUGUGCCAAAAAGGGACUGCGCUAAGUGCAGGAUUGAUUGCAUUACUAAGCGCACAUCGUGUAGCUGUGACCGAGUGUAUUAAAAACAAUCUGUUUGAAAUAAUUGUACUAAAAACGGAAUCAGCGUUUAUCCGGAACACGGGAUUGGCAAGGAAGCUAAAUACUCCUUCAUCUUCGGUCAAAUAAAAAUGACAAGAAAUUAUAAAACUAGGAAAGAGAACUGACCCUACAGCAGUCUUCAGAAACGUCUCACUGGAAGCCUAAAAUAUUUAUAGACUUUAGUAUAUGGCUAAUGCCUAAGGAAACACGGAGAUGUAGAAUUGCAAGCCUACCAUAGAUCCAGUGACCUGAACUGAACUCCUGCAAAACUAUAUUUGGAAAAACCAAACAUCAGAACAAGACCACAUAGUAACUGGACACAAAACACUACCGAAGACCAAAGCCGAUUGCUAUCCAUAACAGGAGCCAGGUGAGCAUUUUCCAUUAGCCUAACCCGUGCAUUAACCUACACAGAGAGAAAACCGAGAGAAAAGGAGCGGGAGGCGCUGCUCCCGACCUGUCCUUUCAGGCCCUUACGCCUAUCCAGUUUAAAAGCCCGUUUACGUUUCUAAUUUAUGGUGAGGCUCGCGAGGCGUGAAUUCAGCGCUGGGCUCUCUAAAGAUGACGAAUGGGAAAUUAAUGCACAAGCGCGCGAGGCAGUCAGAGCAUUCGUAUGGGCAGAGCGUCUUUCAAUAGCGCUCAGAAAACAGAGGUCAUCUUAAAUCAGUCGCUCGGCGUGCGCAAAGCCAUUCCUCUAUAGCGCCUGUCAACAUUACUUACGGUGCAAUGGACACAACAACGUGGUCCAAGCAAGAAAAAACAAAGCACCGACAGGUGCCACAUGAUAAAACAUCCCGAGUAAUUUCUUCAAGAGAGAACGAGGAAGUUACAGAUCAGUUUAAAAACUUAGACCGGGCUGACAUGGUGACCCAGACUACUAACAUUUUCUUCCCUUUGGCUAGGUUAAAUGACCGUCUUUAUUCCAGUGUGGCUUCUCACGCCUCUGUUUCACUAUGGGCCCAGGGGUGCGUCAAUUUUAAUGAAUAAACGUUUCAUACGAGCUUGUUUUUCCAUGUGUUUCCCACAGAGCUAACAUACAGAGAGAGUGCACUUGCACAGUUCCCUCAUGGCCAUACCAAUAUGGCGUCCAAAACUGGAAACAAUAAUCUAUGCCAGUAUGCGUACAACAGCUGGCAGUGUACACACUACAUAAAUAUUAUAUACGCAUAUACUUGGGGUGCUGUGUGACUAUAUAGGUUAUAGCAGCUUCAAACUAGCACUAGUAGUGGUAAGUAGCUACUGCUGAGAACUGGUUCACAAGCAUUUGUGUACUGUGAGGUUCCCAGGCUUGUGCGGUCCGGUCCUCCAAAAAUCUAAUCACUUGGAUAGAAAAAAAUCUGACAUAGGGUCUUUGAAAAUGAUCAGCUGAAACGUAAUGAGCCCUGUGGCAUCCUGAGGUGUCACUUUAGCCAGAAAUAGACCUCCAAAGUCAGCUAAAAUGCUCGAUUUCCAUGGCCUCUUUGUCGUGCACCAUAGAUCGCAGAGGCGCAGAGCUGCUGUCGUUCGAAAGCUACUGAAGAGCUCUUUCUAACAUUUGUAGUGUGGCACAUUUUGGUCGUUGCAGUCUGGGGCUAUCAAGCUAGCAGUCACUUCUCAAGUGCAGACAAUUCAGUUUUGGUAAUGGCAGCAGGCUCUCCCUGCAAGAACAUGAUUAUGUGACCAGUGUGCUCUCUCUCUCUCUCUCUCUCUCUCUCUCUUGUAGCACAAGUCAAUAGUCAAGCAACAGAUUAUCUGUCUGAAUAUAAAUUCUGUAGAUGGAUCAGUGAGGAAAACGCAUAAACAGUAAAACAUUUUUCAUUAAUGGCGAGUGAGAGAAACAAAAUGUUAUAACAUUUUCUAAAUGGCAAGUUAUCAUGUAGCUUUCAUUGUCAAACAAAGAUUUCAACAAAACAAUGCAAACAAGGUGCUAAUAGAAAAACAAAGUUUAAACAAGAAGACAUGGGAAAUAUAAAUAUGAAUAUUAAACAAUAUGAACAAUGUGUUUUGAUUUUGAUUCAAAUUUUGAUUAGCUGAAAUUAUUUUGAUUUUGAAACUAAUUAACAAUGCUGUUUAAGUAUGCACAGACUAAUUUUUGCUACACAUUUUGUUUGUGGUGUGGUGGUGUCAGGUUAGUCUUUCUACCACUGGAUAUUUUCCUGCUUUACUUUGUUAUUGGCACUUUAUAAUAGAGUGUUUAUUAACAACAGUAUAAAAAAAAUGACCAAGAAUAACACAAAAACCAACCAUUGCAUCACACCUUCUCUUAUCUCAGUUGUACUCUACUCUAGCCUGGGGUUGCCCAGUUCUUUCAUUGUUCCACGUUCUUUCAUGGCGACCCUGUUGCAAUUACUAAAAUAGGAGUCAACCAAUAGCCUAGUAGCUGUGAACUGUAACCACCAACAUGCAUGGUUUACCCAUUAAAAAAGAGCUCUUCAGUAGCUCCCAAUCGAUAUCAGCCCUGUGUCUCUACAACUUACAGUGCCAGAGAAAGUGACCAUGGAAUUUGAGCAUUUGGAUCUCUAUUUCUCUCUCUUCGAUCAAUUAUUUUCAAAGUCCCCAGUUCACAGACUUUGUCUAUUAGUUCAGUCAAAUUUUUGGAGAACCGGACCACGGGGACCCGGGAGCCGGGAGUCUGGCUGCCAUGGCCAACCUUCAUGAGCUCUUCUGAGCUUGCCCUCUCACCUCACUCUCAUUUUAAACAAAUCCUCAUGGACCAGUACUUAGUGGCAGCUACCACUACUAAUUUGCUAAUUUGAAGCUGUUAUAAUGUAUAUAGUCAUAUAGAGCCAUAGAAAUAUGCAUAGACAAUGUUUAUGACGUGUAUACUGCCAGAUGUCUAUUCUACAAAUACUGGCAUAGGUUAUUGUUUCCCAUCUUGGACGACAUGUUGGUAACUCCAUGACAGAACAAAUUGUAUAGUAGACGAAUGUGCCCUCUCUAUAUGUUAACUCUAUGCUAAGAACACCCUUAACCAUGAUGAAAUCAUUGUAAUACAUGCCCUCGAGUGACUUAUUGCUUUCAUAAAAUAGCUACAAUAAAAUCUAGUGUUCAAAAAUACUUUUUAAAAAAUACUUUUUUAAAAAAUAAUAUUUGGAAGAAAGCAAUGUAUUUUGUUAGCAGUACGCUUUGGUUGUUAAGCCACAUAACUAGUGAAGAUUAGUGCGCUCUUUGAACAGAACUUGUGAAUGGCUUAAGUGUUUAUUGUUUUUAAGCCUGGUGCAUUAUGAGGCACAAACUGUAAAACAUUGAAUACUAUUUUCUAUCUGACUUUUUUUUUUAAAAAAGGACCUUGUGAUACAUUUAGACAGUGAUUCAGUUUUUAAGUUUCAGUGUAAAUUUAAAACAUAAAUCUAAAUGUGAAAUAUACAGUUAAACGUAAAUGUUAAAUAUAGAUCUAAAUGAUAAAAAUAAAUGUAAAUGUUAAAUGUAGAAGUUUUUUUUUUUUUUUGUUCUUCCCCAGGCCUCUUGGAGUGUGUGUCACUGGGAAAACACAGCAGCAGUAGGGUUGCCAGUUUUAAACCAUAUUGUGCUAGUUUUUGAAUAUGGAGGAUGUGAACAGCAAGUGUGCUGGUGGCAUUUUUUGGAGAUGGUCUAAAAACAGUCCACAAAUAAUCAGAAUUAAAAUCAAAUUCAUUUCUCCAAACAUACGCUAUGGCAAACAAAGGGAAAAUAUUAAAUGCAGACAUUGUAGGCCUAUGUACAAUGUUCAGGACCAUUUCUGUUUCAAAGACAGAACGUUCCGGAACACUUGAAGAUGUUUGACAUUGUGAUUCCUUCACUACAACUGGUAAAUCCUGAAACGAGUCUCUGCUAUGAAAUUACAGAAGUACAGAAGUAAGUAAAUGCAAAAGUAGGUAGUGUCUGUAGCACCAGCUAAUAAGAUAGCCAGCUUUGUUACCACUAAUGCAGUCCUGCAUUAUGAGCCUCCUGAAGCCCAGAGAUGCUUAGCACAGGCAAUCUAGAAUAGACAGCUUGCUAUGCAAAAUCUAAGUUUACAUUGCGUUUAUGUUUUUUUUUUGGUAUAUAUUUAUUUUUAUUCAUGUCCAAGGUUCUUGUUUUAUUAAUAUAAAAUUAAAAUAUGUAAAUGUGUCAUGGUCCAGAUCCUGCUGUGUGCUUGUGUUUGGUGUCAGUUCGUUCUGUGUAUAAUGCAGGUUAUCGGAAGGAGGUGUGGAGCUCUUCAGGAAGGCCAUAUGAUGAAGAGUGAUUUCUUCUGUUUCACUUAUUUCAAGUGUCACUUUGUCUGU